UCUCUCAAUUCUCAAACAAUUCACGGAAAUUUCUUUCUUCUCCUCGCUUUUCUCUUCUUCCUCUCGUCCCCUAAAAACGAAAACCCUCCCUAGAGAUGGAGAUCGCAGCUGGGACGCAACUGGAACAUCAACAAAAGGCUUCUUCAUACGAAGGCAAAGGUGAGGAGAAAAAGAGGUGGACUCUCAAUGAUUUUGACAUUGGAAAGCCCCUUGGGAGAGGAAAGUUUGGUCACGUGUAUCUAGCUAGGGAGAAGAGGAGCAAUCAUAUUGUGGCACUAAAAGUUCUGUUCAAGAGCCAGCUGAAACAAUCUCAGGUUGAGCAUCAACUUCGUCGUGAAGUUGAGAUACAAAGCCACCUUAGGCAUCCAAAUAUACUGCGACUUUAUGGCUACUUUUAUGAUCAGAAACGAGUGUAUUUGAUACUGGAGUAUGCAGCUAAGGGUGAACUCUACAAGGAAUUGCAGAAAUGCAAAUAUUUUAGUGAAAGGCGUGCUGCUACUUAUGUUGCAUCAUUGGCUCGAGCCCUCAUAUACUGUCAUGGAAAACAUGUGAUACAUAGAGAUAUCAAACCUGAAAACCUUUUGGUUGGUGCUCAGGGUGAACUUAAAAUUGCUGACUUUGGUUGGUCAGUGCACACAUUCAAUCGCAGACGGACUAUGUGUGGCACUCUUGAUUAUUUACCUCCUGAGAUGGUGGAGAGUGUAGAGCACGAUGCAAAUGUAGACAUAUGGAGCCUUGGCGUCCUUUGCUAUGAGUUCCUCUAUGGGGUGCCUCCGUUUGAAGCAAAGGAACACUCGGACACAUACAGAAGGAUAUUGCAAGUUGAUCUGAAAUUCCCCCCCAAACCCAUAGUUUCAUCAGCUGCAAAAGACCUCAUUAGUCAGAUGCUAGUCAAAGAUUCUUCACAGCGCCUGCCACUGUUCAAGGUACUUGAGCAUCCUUGGAUAGUGCAAAAUGCAGAUCCUUCUGGCGUUUUUAAGGGUUGAAGCUUAUCAACCCUCGAGUUUAUCUGAGGCAUCAAGGCAGCAGGCCUUUACAAGCAGCCAGCUUUGCCGGCCAAGUAAAGGGGACUCUGAUGUAAAAAUAACUACUAUGGUGGUUACAUGUUAUGAUCUUUUAUGUGGAGUUGAAUCUGACAAGUUGUUAUUCUUUAUGUUUGUUUACUUACUA